AUGACCAGGUGUUCCACCAGUGAGACCUGUGGCUUCAGCUGCUGCCAGCCAAAUUGCUGUGAGACCAGCUGCUGCCAGACAAGCUUCUGCCAGCCAAGCUGCUGCCAGACUGUGACUGGCUGUGGCCAGGAGGGUGGCUGUGGCAUUGGCAGUGGCAUUGGCUGUGGCCAGGAGGGUGGCUGUGGAGCUGUGAGCUCCCACACCAGAUGGUGCUGCCCAGACUGCCACAUGGAGGUCACCUGUCUGCCCCCCUGCUGCCUGGAGAGCUGCAUGCCCCCAUCCUGCUGCCAGCUGCACCACACCCAGGCCUCCCACUGCAGCCCUUCUUACUGUGGACAGGCCUGCUGCUGUCCAGCCUGCUGCUGCCACUGCUGUGAGCCCACCUGCUAA